AUGCCGGGGAUCCAAGGACGGCGAGACACCGAAGCGAACGAAAGCGAGUACGACGACGACGACGAGGACGAGUUUGACAACGAGGUACCUGCCGCGAGUAGAGUGCUGUCGUCGAAGCGCAGUGGCGUUAGGGGAACACGUCGAUUUUCGAAAGAUGGGACGAAAGAGAUGUGGCGUCUGUCAAUGCCGAAAAGAUGUCCUCGCGGUGGCACCGACGAGAGGAAGAAGAAGAAGAAGAAGGGGUACGCAUACACUACACAGGACGCACAGCCAUCAGAGCCGCAAGGAACCGCACUUGCGUCUGCGUCCGCGUCCGCGUCCGAUGUCAGUGAUGUGGGAUGA